AUGUCUGAGGUUCCUGCUGCUGAGCAGCAUAAGAAGCGUACCUUUCGUCAUUACUCCUAUAGAGGUGUUGAUCUUGAUGAUAUACUAGACUACUCCACUGAGCAGUUGAUGCCUCUAUUUAAGGCUCGUCAACGUCGUAAGUUCAGUAGAGGUAUUAAAUCUAAUCCUAUCACUCUACUUGCUAAAGUAAGGAAAAGCCAAGAGGCCACUCCCUAUGGUGAGAAGCCUGAAGCUGUUAAGNNNNACUCUGAGGACUCGACAUAG